CUGCUUAGACCGAUCGCACGCACGCCGCGCACCAGUUCCUCCUCGCACGUUCGCAUGCACAAGAGCGCUCCAUCACCAACCUCCCUCCUCUCCCGAUCGGCGCCUCACCUCCCCGUCCCUGCAUCCUCGGUGCCAAGCCGCCCUCCCUGCACCUGCAUCGCCGCCCCUAGCAUGCCGUUCGCUCCGCACGCAUACCACCGAUGACCCUGACCGUCGUGAACCCGAUCUGGCCGGGCAUCCAGGGGAACACCGGCAGUGAGGUCCUGGAGGGGGCAGCUUCUUCCUCCCGUCGCUCUCCCACCGCUCCUUCCCGGCGCCCACCCACGCCUGGUCCAGCCGCAUCUGGGCGCGCACCGGCUGCGCGACAGGCGACUGCGACGGGCGGCUCCAGUUCUCCACCGCAGGUCUCCCUCCACCACGGCGGCAACGAGCAAUCGUCCUACGGGGUGAGCGUGGUGGACGGCUUCAACGUGGGCCUCUCCGUGACCCCGCACAAGGGCCGCGACAACUGCCCCGUCUUGGCCUGCUGCAAGGACCUGACCCAGAGCUGCCCGGGCGAGCUGCCUGUGCGUACAUGAUGUUCAUCCUCGGCUUGUCACACACGCAAUCUUCUCGGCUUAAUUCCAUCUCUUCCCCAAUUGGAAACAAAUCAGCAUGAGACUCAGCCUUGCCAAGGUCGAGAACGCCUCACAGAUAUGUAUGAGGACGUCUAAUCGAGAUUUCCGGCUGCAGGGCGCAAUUAGUGGAAGAAGGUAUUACGAUUUUCCAGAUUGUGAUUAAUUGCUUCUCAACUCAAUUCCCCUCUUCUAUAGUCUUGUGAGAUCGUUCAUUCAUUCAUAAAGAUCAUCCUCAUACAUAUCUCUUUCUCACUCUGAUUUCAUGUUUUGAUUGGGAUUCGAAAAGAGGAACUGAGAUGUAUGUUCGUGACUUGUAAGCAGCAACAAAAUUUAGCAAUUUAUAUUUUUCUAGCCAUCCAAAUAUCUUGCUCCAUACCUUUCUUAGAAUUUUUUAUUUGAUCAGCAGUGUUCUUAAUUACUUGUACCCUAUAUAUUUGUGUGCUAAUUAGCAAGAUUGUUAGUAUAUCCAUCUGGUAAUGAGAAUGAAAACUGGCAUAUGACUUGACUGAGGCCUCGAAAGGAGCAUAAACAAUUUGUUAGAAUACAGACGAGUACUUCUACUGCUAGGAAUUCAGAACAACUAGCUUAGUUACUGCUGAGGAACAACCUAAUGAAAAAUUAUAGGAUGACAAUAUAUUGAGUAAGCAUGAAACUGUUACUUAUUCACCUAAUAAAAAACAUGCCAAUUGACUGCAACUUUUACUGUGAAUGUUUAUGAACCCACUUUUCUGAAUAACUAAGAUGAUAAGGCAACAAAAUUAUAGUGUAUCGAGUAUUUAUUUGCAACUGAAAUAGAAAAACAGCAUAUGUUUAUGUGGCCUUAGGGGUUAGGGCCCCUUUUUGUUGUCUUUCCCCAGGCCCCUAAAUUCUCAGGACCGGCCCUGGCUCCAAGUCCGUGGCUGACCUGGUUACCACCGUCCGGAUGUUCAAGGUGGUCGUCCCAAGAGCUCUAAGGUGUGGCCGCCACACCAUCGGCUGAUCCACAACGGCCAAAUCUUGUAGAAUGAGAACAUCCUAGCCCGAUACGUUAACUGGAGAUGUUCCGUCAUUCAAACAUGUUGAUGGCCAAGCAAAAUAUUCAGGUGAUGUGCCCAACAUGCUUCUGCACGAGAGUUUGCUAUGGGAAGUAAGCAUGAGCAAGAUGAAGCUGGCACAAUGAGGCUAGAGACGGGUCACAUUUGGUCGCACAUGGGAGUUGUUCUUGUGAACGUGGGUGAUGAGAUUGACACAAAGCUGCCGAGGAAGGAGCGGGCGACAUUUGUUUCUAAAGGUGCUGAUUCUAUAUCUCGAGCAAAGCAGAUUCUUACCUCGAUACCUGCAAGAGCAAGAGAAGCAUACAACCAUAGCCAGGAUGGUCAUAUCGCCCAAGAUGGAAAAUAUGAGGAUCUUCUCCAAGCUGGAACUGAGCUCAAUGCAUCAAGAACAAAAUCAAUUGAAGCAACACUUCGUGUAUAAUGUAUUGUGAACCUUGGAUUGAGCUCAUGUGUGUGGUUUAUGUAUUGUGAGCCUUGGAUUGAGGUCAUGUGUGAGGCUAAUGUAUUAUGAGCCUUUUACUUUGUAAUAUGUGAUAAUGAUGUGACAGGCUCAUGGAUUAUGGACACCAAAUUUAUGUGGCAAUUCUGUAAUGUGGAGUACCCAUGAUGACAUGACAAUGCCUAAAUAAUGCCAAUUUUUCUGUCUAA